AUGUCUGAAAGACAUAGAUAUGGCCAACGGCCACGCUCCCCCACCUACAACCCCGCGAGGGCUUCUCUCCCAAUAAACCUUUCUGGUUUUGGUCAUCCGGCCGCUCAUGAGCAUCACCUGCACGCCGUUCCAACAUCUCGUCGUGAGGUUCCCACCACCCACACCAGAACAGGAAGUAGCACGGCGGCCAACGUUGGUACGGUCAUGACAACUUACAAGAUCAAGGCCGACCCUCCCCCACGAAGCACCAGCGCCCAGAAUAACCAUAGUCAGACCCGCAGAAGAAGCGCGACGAUAGACAACAAUGCCCGGCCCGCAGUGGUCACCACAAUCUCACGCCAUAAGCCGGUCAUACAUAGUGGUGGUGGGAGACCAGCCAGUCCUAUGAAGAACCUCUAUCGUUCGAGCGAGGAAGAUUACUAUACGGUUCCCGGAAGCUCACAGCAUAGUCACUCACAUCACAAGCGAUACAGUACUGGAAUGGAUAAUGGAGAUUUGGGCCGGACAGGAAGUGAGCGGGGAGAGAAUAGACUGCGGAUUGGGUCUGGCAGACAGGAAGCUGCUUAUAGGUCGAGUCGACCACGCUCGACCUACCCAACACCUGUUGCAAGACGAACAGACCCGGUUGCGGGUAGUUAUGGGGAUGAUGAAUAUGGUUAUACGAACCCACGAGAAUUGGUGCAAUACGACUUGAAUCAACCCGCUCGAAGACAUCAACCACGCAGGGAUAGUUUUGAGGCCAACAAGACCAGUAGACCGACCAGCAUUUCAGGAUACGGAGAUAUUGCUCCCAGGGUGUACGAUGCGAGAGAUCGAGGACCACCACCUACAACCAGAGGAUUUGACAGAAUUCCUAGGGGAGCAACCUGGGAGCAAUCUCCUUCUGCUCGAAUGCCAGCAGUUCCUCCUCCACCUAAGAUGGAACCAGUUCAACGACCAGGAAGAAUCGAUCCAUACGAGGAACCAACACCGCCUGCAAGAAGAAACAGCCUCACACGACCAGUGUCUCUGUACCAUGACCGGGACCGCGAGCGGAUGAGAUCCCGAGAAUACGAUGUUCGAGAUGCUGAGCCAUAUACAGUACGCGAUGCUGAGCCAAGACAUCGACGAGACAGCUCACAUCGAAUGGAGCAGCCGAGAUUUGACAGUCCGGUUGAGCAGAGAGGGUUUGGUAUCAGAGAUGAAGUACCACCACCCAGACCUGAGAGGGUAGACAGGCUAGAUCGAGUGGACCGCCCUGAGCGAGUUGAUCGGAUUGAAAGGCCGGAACGAGUCGACAGAGUUGAGAGGCCAGACCGAGUCGAUAGGGUUGAUAGACCUGAACGGCCCGAUCGCGUCGAUCGAGUUGACAGGUCUGACCGCCCAGAAAGAUCAGAUAGAUACGACAGAUACGAUCGACCCGAGAGAUCUGAACGGCCAGAAAGACCCGAACGCGGGGAGAGGGCAGAUAGAUCAGACGAAGAUCGUGAACACAAGAGCAGCCGAGACCUUCUCACAACAGGACUGGGACUUGCCGGAGCUGCAUUGGGUAUCAAAACUCUCAAAAAUGUCAGAGACGAGUCACGAGAUGGACGAGAAAAAGACCGCGAAACUCGAGACGACAGGGAGGAACGGUCGCGUAGAGACUAUGAUGAGGAGCCCCGUCGACGUCGUGAGAAAGACGAGAGACGACCUGAGCCAAGUGGAAGAGAGCCUAGAGAACGACGUGAUCGCGACGAUGAUAGGGAACGAACACCACCACAACCUCCACGCGAUACGUCUCAGACUCGUAGAGAGGUUCCUGUCCAAUCUAGAGAGGCUCCUCCGCCAAGAAGAGACAGCCCACCUCGAGCUGAUCGCGAACUUCGUGAGAGCAACUCUGAUCCGGUGUUCUUGGACCUGAGCGGGCGUAAUCCACAGGAGCGCCCAGCUUCCCGAGCGGAACGGCCGAACUCAAAAGACAGCCGCGAAAGCGAGGAAGAACGACGUGAACGACGUAGACUUCGUGCAGAAGUCCCUCCAGCUAGCAAUGAUUCUCGUUCUGGUUCUGGUUCCGAGGCAGUUGGUGGUGGCUUUCAUCAUCCACGGCCGAUUAUCAAGGAUGAUACUGCAGCGCCAGCUCCAUUUAAUCCAAAGGACACUAUGGAUCUGAAGGCGCUGAAAGAAGCUCUCAAUUCGAAGGAGAAUUCUGCUCCUCGAGAGGAACCAGCUCCUGUGUCAAGAAAUGCUCGAGUGUCAGAAACGAGAACAUCUGCCGAUGCCGCUCAAAUACGAUCAGAUCUUCAUGGUGAGCGUAGAUCAAGAGAAAGACUUACUUCAGAAAACCCACAACCCCGUGUUGUUUCUCCUCCACGACCAAAGGCCGAGAAAGCACCAGUAAAAGGUAUACUUCGUCAACCGAAAGAAAAGUUUCCGGAGGACCCAAGCCCGAUUAGAGAAGGUGUUGCACCACUCAAGGAUGCAAAGAAAGAUGGCGUACCUCCUGAUGCUCGAUGGACCAAGAUUAGCAGAAAACUUGUGAACCCUGAAGCGUUGGAAUUGGGUAAAGAAAGAUAUGAAGCGCGGGAUGACUUUGUGAUUGUUUUACGUGUUCUCUCAAGAGACGAAGUACAAGGCUACGCAGAGGUUACUCAGAAACUUAGAGCUGCACGAGAAGACGCCGACGACCAAGAAGGCCGCCAACAGCGUCGCAGAGCCCGUCGCGAACGUCACGAACGCCACAAACGCGAGCGCAGUCGAGGAGAGCGAAAAGAGCGCAGCGAACGUCGUCGUGACCGAGAAAGAGAACCAAAGGAAUCGGAAUCAGAUACCACGGAAGAUGAACAGGACGCCCCAAAAAUGCUAGAAGCUCCACCCCCAAGACGGAGAGCCGCGAGUAACAAUUUUCAGGAUCUCACGAUGAGUGGUGGGUUGAGUGGGCCGCCGCCGGUUGAGAAUCCUAAGGUUCCCGGGCAGUAUUUGAGUUAUACUAGGAAUCCCCCGCCAUCUAACUAG